AUGAUGCUCAACUCGGAGCAGACGGAGCUCGACCUGCCCCCGGCUCACUCCGAGGCCGAAUCUGUCUUCAGCGACUGCGGCGGCGGCGGCGGCGGCUCGGGCGGCACCGAGGACUCGGCUGGCACCGGGCUGUGCCCUCAGUCCCGGGUGGCAGAGGCAGGGGAAGCGGUGAAGAAGGAGCUUCAGCACCUGAGCCGGGAGGAGCGGCGGCGCCGGCGCAGGGCCACGGCCAAGUACCGGACAGCCCACGCCACGCGGGAGCGGAUCCGGGUGGAAGCCUUCAACAUGGCCUUCGCCGAGCUGCGCAAGCUGCUGCCCACCCUGCCCCCCGACAAGAAGCUCUCCAAGAUCGAGAUCCUGCGCCUGGCCAUCUGCUACAUCUCCUACCUGAACCACGUCCUGGACGUCUGA